UUCCCCAUACCACCAAGGGGACGUAAUUGUAAAGAGGGAGUAGAAUUGCUACGAUGACUGAGGAGGCCAUUUUCCGUAUGUUCUAUGCUAAUGACGAGCGCAUCAUCCCGUUGAGGCUGAUCAACCGUGGCGUGGGAAAGAUCCCCUUGUACUAACAGACAUGCCUUCCUUUUGGGGGGCUCAAGCAGGCUCAGCAGAGAUGUCCUUUGCGGAGUUGUACAUUCCUCUGGACACCGCCAGAGAGGUUGUUCUGGCGCUGGGUGAACAGGGAAUGGUGCACUUUGUCGAUAAGAACAGCGACGUGAGCGCAUUCCAGAGGGCCUUCGUCAAGGAGAUCAGACGGUUGGACAAUACCGAGCGUCAACUGCGUUACCUUCGCAACGUCAUUGAGCACAGCCAUCAGAUCGUCAUGGCACACGAUGCCCAUCUGACGCUACAGCCGACGUCAGUGACACAGAUCGAGCAGCUGUCGCACGAUAUCGAUGUCCUUGAGCAGAGGGUGUCGCAGUUGGAGUCAUCGUACCUGAGCCUGGUGAAACGUCACGCCUCACUGAUAGAGCACAGACAAGUGUUGAAAGGGUCGAGACAAUUCUUCCAGAGUGGUAUCCAGUCACAGGCCAGAAUCAGUAUAGACCAGGUGGAUAACGCUCCGUUGCUGCUGGAACAGGAGAGCUUGGAGGCAGGGAUCCAAUUGUCCGAUUUGCAAGAUCUGACGUUGAACUACGUCAUUGGAUCGAUUCCAACGGCCAAGGUUGACAUCUUGAACAGGAUCCUGUGGAGAUCUCUGAGAGGUAACCUCUACAUGAACAGUAAACCGCUAGAAGAACCCAACGAAGAAAAGCAUAGCGAAGAGCAAGUUGAGAAGAGCGUCUUUAUCGUGUUCACACAUGGUCAAUUGCUCUUAUCACGGGUUAAGAAGAUUGUAGAAUCACUAGAAGGGCAUGUCUACAACGACAUUGGUUCCGAUCCGGAGUUGUACGACCAAGUUGUAAAUGAUUUAAACAUGAAGAUCACAGACUUGACCCAGGUUAUGUUCAGCACACACCAGCAAUUAGAGGCUGAGCUGUUUGUCAUUGCAGACCAGCUGGAAGUUUGGCAAGCGAUUGUUAAAAGGGAAAAGAUGAUAUACUCGACGAUGAACUUGUUCUCGGACGGCUCACGUGGAUUGGUGGCCGAAGGCUGGAUCCCAACGUCGGAAAUCGCCUCUGUUAAGAACGUCUUGAGAGAUAUUGAAGGUUCAGGUAGUGCCGUGCUUAGCUUGCUUCACACGAGAAAAUCACCCCCAACCUAUCACAAGACGAAUAAAUUCACAGAUGCUUUCCAAUCAAUCGUCGAUGCCUAUGGUGUCGCUAGUUACCAGGAGGUGAACCCUGGUCUUGCCACGGUGGUCACUUUCCCUUUCAUGUUUGCUAUCAUGUUUGGUGACUUAGGUCAUGGCUUCAUUGUUUUCUUAAUUGCAUUGCUGCUUGUCCUCAAAGAAAAGACAUUGCAGUACCAGAAGAAGGAUGAGAUCUUCGACAUGGCAUUUUCAGGCCGUUAUAUCCUCUUACUGAUGGGGUUAUUCUCAAUGUACACAGGAUUGAUGUACAAUGAUAUCUUUUCCAGAUCAAUGACACUGUUCCAUUCUGGAUGGGAGUGGCCAAAAGUAGAAACUGCAGGAGAGACAGUCGUUGCUGAGAGAGUUGGAGUAUAUCCAUUUGGUCUGGAUUGGGCCUGGCACGGUGCUGAGAACAAUCUGAUCUUUACAAACUCUUACAAGAUGAAGUUGUCGAUUUUGAUGGGUUAUAUGCAUAUGUCGUAUUCAUUUUUGUUUUCACUUGUGAAUUACCGUUUUAGACAUUCAAGAGUUGAUAUAAUUGGUAAUUUCAUCCCUGGCUUGAUAUUUAUGCAAUCUAUCUUUGGUUAUCUGUCGUUCACCAUUGUCUUUAAAUGGGCACACAAUUGGAUCGAGAUGGGCAAACCUGCUCCUGGCUUGCUCAACAUGUUGAUCAACAUGUUUUUAGCUCCUGGUACCAUUGAUGAUGAGCUAUAUCCAUUCCAAGGAUUUGUGCAGUCGAUUCUCGUUCUGCUGGCACUUGCUUGUGUACCAAUGCUGUUGCUAUACAAGCCAAUGACUCUACGCAGAAAGAACAACCUCGCAAUACAGGCAGGUUAUACAAACAUACAUGAACAGGAGCAUACAGAGACAGUUCAAGAUCGUGAGGAAGCUGCUGGGGAUGAUUUUGUUAUCACCCAUUCUGGAAGUGAGGACCACGAGGAGUUCAAUUUUGGUGAUAUCAUGAUCCACCAGGUUAUUCACACCAUUGAGUUUUGCUUGAACUGUGUUUCUCAUACAGCAUCUUAUCUGAGAUUGUGGGCUUUAUCACUUGCACAUGCCCAGUUAUCCUCUGUCCUUUGGUCCAUGACAAUCGCUAAUGCCUUCACCUCCGUUGAUCCAAAAGCACCAGUGCAAGUGAUCAAAUGUGUCGUUUUAUUUGCCAUGUGGUUCUGCCUCACUGUGGCGAUCUUGGUUAUGAUGGAAGGUACAUCUGCGAUGUUACAUUCUUUGCGUCUUCACUGGGUUGAAGCCAUGUCGAAAUUCUUCGAAGGUGAAGGUUAUGCAUACGAGCCCUUCAAUUUCCAGCAUAUUAACGAGGAGGAGACGCUAUAGAAAUGUUCUGUUUUAGUUGUUUAUUGUAGGGUUUUUACUCCAUUGAGCCUUGUUUAUUCUUGUCCUUGUUUAUAUAGCACAAUGCGAAGAUCCAUCAUCAUGGAUUGCGUUUAUAAUUGUCUGAGUAGAUGAUAUGAUCAUCGUUGCGAAUCCAAACCCAAUGAUUGAAUAUAGUACGAUACGUCUUGGAAGC